CUGUUUCCUUUAAAGAAACAUGGCGAAUUACUACAAAGUACUAGGGGUGCCUCAAAAUGCUUCCUCUUCUGAUAUUAAGAAGGCUUAUCACCAGUUAGCUCUUCAGGUGCACCCAGACAAGAACCCAGAAAACAAGGAGGCAGCUGAGGAGAAAUUCAAACAAGUAGCAGAGGCCUAUGAGAUCUUGUCCGAUGCUGAGAAACGCAACAACUAUGACAAGUCCAGAGGGAACCGCUAUGGAGACAACAGAAACAAAAACUAUUCGAAGGGGGAACUGUGGUUUGAGAGGCCACACCGUGGCUUUCAAAAUGUCUUUGAAGAUGAAGACCUCUUCUCAGGAGAUUAUUUUUCCACUGGCCGUGUGGGUAGGGCCAGGAGAUUCUGUUCCUCCUUCUUUGAUGUGAUGCCCAUAUUGGACACAGGAUUUUCCACUUUUGUAUCUCUGGGUUCCAGACCAAGUCCACCUUCCUCUGGGACAUUUGUACCCUUUGUAAGCAGUGGAAUGGGAAACUUCAGAUUGGUCACCACUUGUAGCCAGAUAGUGAAUGGCAAGAGAAUUGUUACAAAGAAAGUUCUAGAAAAUGUGGGAAGGAAGACUGAAGUGAAAAAAGAAAGCCUAUUUCAUCAGAUUCCUCUACAUCAUUGAUAUGGAGUUGCUGCUGUGUUCAUUCACAGGAGACUUUCCUAUGAAGCUGGUGAGUCUGAUGCUUAUCAAAGACAGAAUUGGAAUCUGAGAGUGUAUUGAACUGAAAUGGACAGAAGUCAGCUUAGUCCAAACUUCUCAUUUCACAGAGGAAGGGAGUAAUGGGCCAGAUCUUGUACAAGGAACUAGGAAGCAGCAGAGUUUGGCUUCCAGCCCGUCUUCUGGUUCUAAACUGAGCCUUCUUUUCCCCUGCACUAUAUUUGGGACAGUAGAGACCAACACCACAAAUAUGGCCUUCUGAAUCAGUUGCAGGACCCUU